GUGCAACACUGAAGAAAGAAGAUAAAGAAUAAAAGAUCACGGACUUUGUAAAGUGAACACUUUACUUGGAACCAAAAUGGUGAGAGAAAGUGAGAGUCACCAUGAGGCCCUGGCAGCCCCCCCAGUGACAACUGCUGCACCUGUGCUCCCACAUAAUGUCACCGAACCAGCCACCCCAGGAGAAGGGAAGGAAGAUGCUUUUUCUAAGAUUAAGGAGAAAUUUAUGAAUGAGUUGAAUAAAAUUCCAUUGCCACCGUGGGCCUUAAUAGCCAUAGCCAUAGUCGCUGUCCUCUUAAUCCUGACCUGCUGCUUCUGUAUCUGCAAGAAAUGUUUAUUCAAGAAGAAGAACAAGAAGAAGGGAAAGGAAAAGGGUGGGAAAAAUGCCAUAAACAUGAAAGACGUAAAAGACUUAGGGAAGACCAUGAAAGAUCAGGCCCUCAAGGAUGAUGAUGCUGAAACUGGCUUGACUGAUGGAGAAGAAAAAGAAGAACCCAAAGAAGAAGAAAAACUAGGGAAACUCCAGUACUCAUUGGAUUAUGACUUCCAGAACAAUCAGCUCUUGGUAGGUAUCAUCCAAGCAGCAGAGCUUCCUGCCUUAGAUAUGGGUGGUACAUCAGAUCCCUACGUGAAAGUGUUCUUGCUGCCUGAUAAAAAGAAGAAAUUUGAGACAAAAGUCCACAGAAAGACUCUUAACCCUGUCUUCAAUGAGCAGUUUACUUUCAAGGUGCCCUACUCGGAAUUAGGAGGAAAAACUCUGGUGAUGGCAGUCUAUGAUUUUGACCGUUUCUCCAAGCAUGAUAUCAUUGGAGAGUUUAAAGUAGCCAUGAAUACAGUGGACUUUGGCCAUGUAACUGAAGAAUGGAGGGAUUUGCAAAGUGCUGAAAAGGAAGAGCAAGAGAAGUUGGGCGAUAUCUGUUUCUCCCUCCGCUAUGUACCCACUGCUGGCAAGCUAACUGUCGUCAUCCUCGAGGCAAAGAACCUGAAGAAGAUGGACGUGGGCGGCUUAUCGGAUCCCUAUGUGAAGAUUCACCUGAUGCAGAACGGUAAGAGAUUGAAGAAGAAAAAGACCACCAUUAAGAAGAACACGCUGAAUCCCUACUAUAAUGAGUCAUUCAGCUUUGAAGUACCCUUCGAGCAAAUCCAGAAAGUGCAAGUUGUGGUAACUGUUUUGGACUAUGACAAGAUUGGCAAGAACGAUGCCAUCGGCAAGGUCUUUGUGGGCUACAACAGCACCGGCGCGGAGCUACGACAUUGGUCAGACAUGCUGGCCAAUCCCAGGCGACCCAUUGCACAGUGGCACACCUUACAGGUAGAGGAGGAGGUGGAUGCCAUGCUUGCGGUCAAGAAAUAAAGGGAACAGAAGAAGCCUUUCUGCAUCUGCCCAUAUAGUGCUCUCUAGCCAGUAUCUGUAAAUACCUCAGUAAUAUGGGUCCUUUCAUUUCCAGCCAUGCAUUCCUAACCCAAAUCAGUGGUCCUUUAAAUCCUGUUUUAAUUUGCACAACUUUAAAUGUAGAGAGCCCCCUAAGACCUUCACCACCCCACUGCCCCCCAAAUCUACUCUUCUUUUAAGCAAUAUGAUGUGUAGAUAGAGCAUGACAGAAAUUAUUUAUUGUAUCACACUGUUGUAUAUACCAGUAUGCUAAAAAUUUAUUUCUAGUUUGUGUAUUUGUAUGUUGUACGAGUUUCCUAA